AUGCCGAGCUGGAGACCGCUCCCGCGCAUCGCGUUCGCAAUAUGCAUAUACCCCUUCCAGCCCUCGUCGCCCGCCGACCUGCCGCUCGAGAUCGGCGACGAGCUGUACAUCAUUGAGCAGGGCGGCCAGGAUGCAUCAUGGUAUCGAGGAUAUCUGGUUGCGCCGCCCUCGCUGCUGGCUGGCCUGACGAGCGUGAAGGGCCAGACACUCGAGGCACGCGUCUUCUCUGGCAUAUUCCCGCGAUCGUGCGUCGAGGUGCGUGAAGUCCUGGGAGAGAGCAAAGACACGGCGAACCAGGACGCUGGACACGACUCGGGUCGUGGCAGCCACUACGCGCAUCCGACCAACGGCAUCGUCACGCCCACCGAAAGCACACGUGCGACCUCUCCCUCUGCCAAAGGCUCUGGCCCGAAUGCGCGACGAGCCUCCAAGACGGACGCCGUUUCUGCGCUGCCCUCGUCCCUGGCCCGCCCACUCUCACGCCACAGGUCUGCCCGAAAGCGCGCGGGCAGCACCCACUCGCAGUGGACCUCGCGCGAAGAGCAUCUGCAGCAACUGAUGCUCCCGCUCUCGCCCAUAUCCGACCCGACCGCCCCACGACCGCCCGCGCCAGUACCGAUGCUGAAGAUUGGCGACGAGACACCCACCUCCGCCCAGGAGCCAUUGGUUGACGAGAUCGCCUCCUGCCUUCGCGAAUGGCACUCCACAAAGGUGCACGAGCUGCUACUGGCACGCAAGUAUGGCUCGUUGGACAAGAUGUCACGGCUAGUGAACCGCCUGGACACGGCGCGCCGCCAGCUGUUGCACAAGGUUCUCACGGCCAAGGAGCUGGAAAAGGUACGCGAGGCGACCGUCUGGGAUCUUGUGGCAGGCAACAAGAUGCUCUGCGGAGACGUCAUUGUACGGAGCCCCUCGCAGCGCGGCCGCAUCCUGACGGGCGACGACUCGGCCAUCGAAGUCACGAAGCUGCAGUCGAUGAUGAGCCUAUUGGACAGCCGACCAACAGCCCAUGUCGACGAGCACAACCUAAAUCAUUUGUUCGUCAGUCUGAAACAUGUCACAGGAGACGUCGUCAAUGGCGCGGCUCAAAUCAGCAUGUACCUGUGCCUGAAGACGCCGGGAGCAGCGCCACAACCACUCUCCGAGGCGUAUUCAUUCGACUUGACUGGACGAGAUGGAGCAGCCGUGUCCCUGAGCAAUGACAAACUUCGCGCACUGCUGGUGGAUCUCAGUUUGACCGACAUUGGUGAGGGCGCAGGAUCCGGCACUACUCUGUAUCUUGUCUUCAGGCUGAUGACAAACGAGCCACUUCGCUCGCCGGCUGCAGCCGAGAAGGCAGGCACGGGCAAGGACACGCCGCCAGGCAAGGGCUCGGUGCAGCCUUCCCAGCAGGGCAGCAUCAAGGGUGGAAGGCGCAGCGUCAUGUUCGGCUCCAAGAGGAAGGAGUCAACAAACUCGCGACACACCGAAUCACGAAACACAGAUUCUUCGGAUGAACGCCACCGCCCAAGCCUCGAGCAGUCCCGAUCACAGACAUCCGAUGCGAGACCAGGCUCUUCCGCAACGGCAAGCACGCGAGCACGCGCUCUGUCAAGAGACCAGAAGACGCUGAAGAGAUCCAUCGCAGUCGGUGUGGUACCUGUAAAUCAGAUACUGCAAGCCCGGUCAGAGGCCGACCAGACCGUCAGGAUGUACAGCACAGCAGUAGCUGGAGAAGACAUCUUGGAUAGUGAUGGCGGCUGGGACAGCGUAUUGCCAGAAAUAUACCCAAGCGCCACGGGCAAAUACAAGCUGAACGCGCCUAUCAGUCGACUUACCAUACACAUGAAAGCCUUCGUCCAUGCAGACGCCGAGGGCCUCAUCGCCAAGAUUCCCACGAUGCUGCACAACAUUAGGCAGUGUCGCAAGAUUGGUUUCUCGGGGGCUCCAACAAAGCCACGCAGCGACAUCUACCUCACGCUCGUCGAGCCUUUCCUCCCAAAGAACGCCUUUCUGGCCCACCCAAAGACCGGCACUGUCCCGCUAAUCCAAACCUCUCAGAUGACCAACCUCCAGCUUACCAUUGAGGUCCGCAAGAGCUCUGGGGAGCGCAUUGAGGGUUGCAUAUACCCGUCAACUAACAGUGCAGGCCAUACCGCAUGGCGCACUACAGCAGCCCAGCGAGGCGAGGGGUGGAACGCGACAGUCCGGCUUGCUAUCGACCCCCAGGAUGUUCCCGGAUCACACUUGGUUAUGAGCAUUGCCGAUGCCCCCGGAUUUCCAUUCGCGCUUUGCUGGAUGCCCCUCUGGAACCAGGAUGCCUUCGCCCGCGAUGGCGACCAUGCUUUGACGCUGUACAGAUACGAUGAAUACACCUCGGGCAUGAUCGCUGGAAAGGGAGCAUACCUUGGCCUGCCUUGGAGUGCGAAGAAGAAGGAUGACCAUGUCAUGGGUCCAAUGGCAUCUGUCCACGUCAAGACGUUCCUUUGCAGUACCCGAUACUCCCAAGACCCGACCAUACUCGGUCUCAUCAAAUGGCAGGAACAACCGCCAGGAGAGCUUGUAGGAUUGUUGCGCCGUUUUAACUUCGUUCCGGAGAUUGAGAUCGUCAAGCUGUUGAGCGAAGUGUUUGACGCCCUGUUCGCUAUACAAAGCCAUUAUGCCGGAAGCGAUGAGUACGAGGAUCUCGUCUUCAAUGCUGUUGUCAUUGUACUGGGUAUAGUGCACGACAGACGCUUCAACCUUGAGCCAUUGGUGGAUCAGUAUGCGCGGACCAAGUCAUUCCAUUCUCUCGUUACUUCAUGUCUCAUGCAAAGUCUGGGCCGUCUACUCGCCAAGCCUACAGACUCUGAAAGCUCACGACGGCUGCGCGCAACUUUCAAAGUCGGCAACCUCAUAAUGAAGUUUCUGGUCAAUGCGCGAGAAAAGCAGAAGGUUAAGGAAGAGAGUAUUGGCAUCAAAGACCGGACUCAGUUCAGUAAGGAGAUGAGGGUACUGUUCACCUCGUUAGAGGCUCUCAUGGGGAACCCAUCGCCCGUCCUCAUCGGUACCAAGACUCUCCUUGUACAAAACUUGCAUUCCUGGCUUCCGGAGCUCGAGGGAUGCAUGCCAGCUACUGAGGUCUUCAAGCUGACGGCUGGCUUCCUGGAUUCUUGCUCAAAUGUGCAGGGAAAGCUCAUUCUGUACAAGCUUCUCCUGAUCCACCAUCUCUCCGGUCUCCAGAUAUUCAAAUCUCCAGAAGUACGUCGCAUGCUUCUGACAAGCACUGUCCAGUGGUUAGCGCCGUACUGGGGUCGAGUGGAGACCGUCACCGAUCAAUGGAAGGACCAAGUUCGUCUUUGCUGUUCUGUCGUUGCGUCGCAAGUCGAAGAGCUAGGAAAGGAAGCGUGCGAAUAUAUGCCAAAGCUUGUGGACUCAUACCGCGCCAUUCAGGCAACCCCCCGGCCAGCCAAGAAGACACUCUCGCUACUCUUCCCAACAAGCUAUCCAUUCCAGUCGCGGGCUGCGACUGCUGAAACUCCAUUCGAUGAAGCACUGGCGGAGAUAUCAGCAGUACUUGCGGCGAUGUCUAGCCUUCCUACGCUCCUGCACCCGGAACUACCCAAGGAGGAAACAGCAGAAUUUCUGUUCUCGGUACUGCAAGUCUACAUCUCUAUUCUGGAUUGCGAAGCCUACCCUAGCUCGUGGUUCAGUGUGCACAUCUAUCACCAUAAGGCUACCAUGCGCGCAUUGGAGAAAUUGUUCAACAUCCUGCACGACUCUUUCCUUCCUCUUCCCGACGAGGCAGACAGCUUCAACACAGAGCUGUGGCGAGCGUUCUUUGAUGCGUUACUGAAACUUGUCGGUAGCGACGCUCUUGCAUUGGAGACCUUCCCGGAGCAGAAGCGACGCGCCGUGUGGAAAAUCGCUGGCGAUGUCCGCGAACAUGGUGCGGAUCUGCUACAACGCAGUUGGGAAGCGAUUGGUUGGGAGGCUAGUGCAGAGGACAAGGGCCAGUACGGGCUGGAGAAGAUGGGCGGCUUCCAAGUGCAAUAUGUGCCAGGCCUCGUCGCACCCAUUGUUGAACUCUGCCUCAGCGUGCAUGAGGGUCUCCGCAGUGUAGCCAUCGAGGUUCUACAAACGAUGAUCAUCAGCGAAUGGACGCUGAGCGAAGACCUCGCUCUCAUACAAGCGGAGAUGAUCGACUGCCUAGACAACCUCUUCAAGACCAAACAUCUAACUGAGGCGGUUCUGCAAAAGCACUUUAUCCAGGAGCUAGUGGAACUAUUCGAGCCUCUUGCCCAGGAUCCGGAAGAACCGUUACUCGCCGCUUUGAAGGACCUUAUCUCGACCAUCGAUGAACUCCUGGACCUCCUGGUUGCUGUGCAUAGCACGGAUGCGGCUGGCGAAGUCUUCCAUAUUAUGGACACUCUUCAUCUUAUGGAGUUCCUGAAAGACAUGCAAAAGGAAGACAUCUACAUCCGCUAUGUGCAUCAAUUAGUGCAACUGCAAGUGGAUGCAGGAAACUACACCGAGGCAGGCCUUGCGCUCAGACUGCAUGCCGAGCUUUACGAAUGGGAUCCGAACUCGACCACGGAUCCGCUCACCGACCCCAGCAUGCCGCCACAGCCUGCGUUCGAGCGGAAAGAACAGCUCUACUUCCAGAUGAUCGAUCACUACGAGACUGGACAGUCUUGGAACAAUGCGUUGGCCGCCUACACGGAGCUUGCGGCGCAAUACGAGCACAAUGUAUUCGACUUUGCCAAGUUGGCCAGGACUCAGCAUGCUAUGGCGAAGAUCCACGAGAACAUUGCAAAGGGCGAGCGCUCCAACCCGCGUUACUUCCGCGUGGUAUACAAGGGCUUGGGCUUCCCACCAGGGCUUCGGGACAAGCAAUUCAUCUUUGAAGGUUCCGCUAACGACCGGUUGGCAUCUUUCACGGACCGAAUGCAACAACAACACCCUUCGGCACAAAUCGUGAACCCCGGUGACGGGCAAGACUUGGAGGGGCAGUACCUGCAGAUCUACCCUGUAAGCCCACAGAAGGACCUGACUCAUCCGAUCUAUCAACGAGCCAAGGUCUCCCAGUCAGUCAAGGAUUACUACCUGCUGUCUCGCCCAUCGCACUUCACAUCAGCCUCUCGCCGGUCACCAUCCACUGUCAACGCCAGGGACGCCGGCGCGGAGAAGACUCUUUACACGACAGCGGAGAACUUCCCUACAAUCCUGCGGAGGAGCGAGAUUGUAGCGGUUGGUACAGUAAUGCUCACACCCCUACAAAUGGCCAUUGAGCGAACAUCACGCAAGACUGGGGAGCUGCUUGCUAUUGAGAAACGAAUUACCGAUGGUGACGACACAACGUUCAACACACUGACGCAAGAACUCAUGUACGCCGUGGACACGAACUCGAAAGAUUGCGUUGCAAACUACCAUGACUUGCUUCCACCCUCGGAUGCACAAGAUGAUGAGGAAGACGAUGAUGAGAAGCAACAGCCGAACCCGCUUGAGAACGGACUGCGGGUUGCACUGAUUGACUACGCUCUGGUUAUCCGUCGCUGCCUGUCGUUGUACGUGAGGCCUGCUCAGCAAGCCACGAAGUCAGACCUCACGCAGCGCUUCGAAUCGGCCUUCUUCCGCGAACUAUCCACGCUUCUGCCACCGAACAUGGCCCCGACGUUACGUUCUCCAACCGGGUCAUGGCUUGCAGCGGCCACCUCGCGCUCUCAAGUUGCCAGCCCCACGCCCGAUCAGAGUCAAGUCAACGGUGACAGGGGUGCCUCACCGGUACUCAACGGUCGGGCUUCACGACAAGACAAGAAGCGACUGAGUCUAGCCUUCUUGACAAAGGAGUUCCUCAUGGGUGAACCCGAGAAGGAGAAGGAGAAAGAGAAGGAAGCAAAGGCUGACAAGCCAUCGGUGGAUGAUGACACUUCGACGACAGUGUCAUCACGAAGUCGCAGCAAGGAGACGCAUACCAGGAAUCGUCUGAGCUUAAGCUUCCUCAACCACACGCCAAGCUCGCCACAACCAGAGGCGUUACCGAGCUUUCCUAGCCAGUCUACGCCAAACCGAAGCGAAGGCAGUCUCCAGCGACAGCCUAGCCUAAAGCGGCCAGAGACGAUUAAGAGUCAGAAGAGCGACAAGUCGCUGUCGUCACGGACCGACAGCGUAAAGAAGAGGCUCAGCUUCAUGAACAUCUCGAAGAAGAGCAGCAAGAGCAGUGUGCGGGGACGCGUGGAUGAUACCCUGGUGGAGGAGUAG